UUAAAAUUAAAAUUUUAUCGAUAAUAAAAUUUUCGAUCACCGAUAUAAUUAAAUACAGAGUGAAGGUCGACGCAUAUCAAACAUGCUACUUGUACAUCUAAUUGAGAUAUAUCGGUUUACUUAUCGAAAGCUAAUAUUUCUGUCAUUAUGGGUAGCGUACAAGCGCUUAUAAACAAACACACCGAGUUCGUUGCAACCCCAGCCGCCAAUCUAGAAGAUCCACCAUGUGUUCCCUGCUUCGAGGAAGUGGACAGGAAACCCGGGAAUCCCAGCAGUUUCGAGGAUCUUCACGCGAAGACCAAGGAGCUCUAUCCACAGAACUUCGAAGGCGCCUACUUGUUAUUGAGGAAAACCCUAAGCAAGCACUUCAACGUGACGUACAGGAUGACGUUGAGUUCCGUGACGCCAUACGGUCUCAAGUUCGGCGUGAAUUAUGUCGGCACCAAGAGGGUAGGCUUCUUGGAGAAGUAUCCGAUCAUCUCAGGCGAGAUCACACCCAGUGGCAACCUGAGCGCCAGCUUUGUGCACACGCUGGGCUGUAGAUACAGAUUCAAACUCGCGACGCAGAUUAUCGACAAGAAGUGCAAGGCCUUCAGUUCGGGCCUGGAAUAUCGCUCCGACGAUUGCACGAUAGCGAUGACCCUGGCGAAUCCAGAUCUGACCAGGUUGCAGGGCACGUUGGUGCUGCACUAUCUACAAGCUAUCACGCCGCGAAUAACUCUGGGUACAGAGAUCGCCCAUCUACGGGGUUCCCUGAUACCAGGAGGUCAGCAGACAUUGAUGUGCGCUGCGUUCCGGCACAGCACCGGUCCCACGACAUUAUCUGCCACCUUCGGUGAGGCAGGCAUUCAUGUUUGUUAUCAUCGGAAGGCGAGCGAGCAGCUGCAGCUCGGCGUUGAGUUAGAGACAAAUACCCGUAUUCACGAGUCCAUUGGCACGAUAGCGUAUCGUGUCGACAUCCCUUACGCAGGCUUCAUCUGUCGAGGAUUCGUCAAUUCGGAGACCAGCCUGGGUGCCGUGUUUGAAAAGAAAUUAUAUCCAAUUCCCGAGGCUUCGUUAAUCAUAAGCGGCUUCUUGAAUCACAAGAAGCAACAGUUCCGUGUCGGGAUCGGUCUGAAUAUCGGCUAAUGCGAUGUCGUUUAUAACUGUAACCAGGAUUACAAUACUGUAUGAUGCAAAUUCUGAACAUUCUCACAGAAAUAUUGCCUUAUUACAAGUUUUUAUUUCUUAUCGAUAUCAUUCGGAUAGAGAAAACAAGCCGAAAUAAAGUUUCCAUUAACUUACGCGUAUCCUGUAUUAAUUUGGUCUCUUUUAUUUAGUCUGAAAAAAAUUCAAUAUUUUCCAACAAAUUGUUUGGCUCAUUUUGAUACACGCGUUAUAAGCACAUACGCUAGAAUGCUAUUAAUGCCUUUUGAUAUGCACUUGCUUUACAUAAUAGAAGAGCAUUUACACGUGGUAAUUAUUAAAUAUUUAUAUUGUUAGAUAGUUUGGAAUGAAAGUCUUUUUACCAGCACAUUAAACGCAUACAUAUAAUUUAAUUAAUUUCGAUUUCAUAUUAAUGCAAUUGUUUUAUGUAAU